AUGGAAAGGCCAAAUAGUAGGAGCAUGACUUCACUGAACUCACCAAAUGAGGAGAAAUAUCCUAAUGGGCAGAUGAUUUCUGUUGGCGCCCAUCGAGUAGAAAUUGUUAGCUACUUAGCCGAAGGUGGCUUCGCCCAAAUAUAUGUUGUGAAAUUUGUUGAAUAUUUGAAUGAGUUCGAGUCAUUGGGUUCAAAAUCGGCCAUAACUGUAGGAGAUAUAGCAUGUUUGAAGAGAGUUAUUGUAAAUGAUGAAAUGGGUUUGAACGAGAUGAGAAAUGAGGUUGAAGUUAUGAAGAAAUUGAAAAGCUCGCCAAAUAUUGUGCAGUAUUUUGAUUCAAACGCAUCAAGAAGAACAGAUGGUAAACCAGGGUUUGAAGUAUUACUAUUGAUGGAACUUUGUCCAAAUAAGUCUCUUUUAGAUUACAUGAAUCAAAGACUAAAAACAAAAUUGUCAGAGAGUGAAAUUUUGAAGAUAAUGUAUGAUGUUUCAAUUGGUAUAUCUAAUAUGCAUUACUUAGAUCAACCAUUAAUACAUCGAGAUAUAAAGAUUGAAAACGUUUUAGUAGAUGCGAAUAAUAACUUCAAAUUAUGCGAUAUGGGAUCAACAUCUCAGUGUUCCCCACCAAUGAUGUCUAACCAAGAUAUAGCGAUGAUGACUCAGAAUAUUUAUGUACACACAACUCCGCAAUACCGAGCACCAGAAAUGAUUGAUCUCUAUCGAUACUUACCAAUUAAUGAAAAAUCUGAUAUUUGGGCCCUUGGGAUAUUCCUAUACAAGUUAUUAUUUUAUACUACUCCAUUUGAGAUAACAGGCCAAAUGGCAAUACUUCAUUCGAAAUAUGAUUUCCCCCCAAACAAAUAUUCAUCAAAGAUUAUCAACUUGAUUAUUAUCAUGCUCGCGGAGAAUCCAAACCUGAGGCCAAAUAUUUUCCAAGUUGUUUAUCAUAUUUGCUCAAUUAUGAAUCUUCCUGUACCGAUCGAAGAUAGAUACGGGCUUGGUCCAUAUAACUUCGACUUGUACACAAAAUUUCAAAGUAAAGUGCAGACAAUCCAGAAUCAAAUAAACUACUUGCAAAAUAAGGUGGUCUCAAGCAAGUCCAAACUUUCUAAAGAAGACGGAUUGGUUUUGGAUGAACUGUACAUAAAAACUUUUGAGAUGAUACCAAAGAUACCAAAUCCGAGGUUAAGUGAAAAACAGCCCACAUUAGAGAUUGGCUUGAACUCACCAAGUAUUCAAGAUCAACACCUGGAUGUGAACAAUAAAAGAAGAUCUAUGCACGAGAGUAUUAAUUCAAGACAGGCAUCAGAUAAUAUCUCACAAAAAAGUGUCCGCACAUCUAGUAACACAAUUGAAAAGACAUUCUCACAAACAUCAAAUAAGGAAUUCAGUAAGGAGACAGAUCCGGAAUCUCACGAUGAAUCAGGCGAACCUUACUUUCCUAGUGUCAAUGAACUGAACACAUAUUUAGACAAGGAAUUCAAACAACAAAAAGCUCAGGACAAUGUAGUUAAGAAUCAGAUUAUUAAUAACAGUGGCGGAAAUAUGAACAGCUCUAAUCCAGAAAGACAAAAAAGUAUCAGCUCCUUUUCUUCCAGUGGUAAAUCAAUGAAAAGCUCCUCACAUGUUCCUUCUGCUGGAUUUGUUGGUGCUGACGCGACCGAAGGCCCUAAAAUGGUUGGAUAUCUAAAGUCACAGAACCAUAAAUCUAACAAUCCUUUUCCAUUUAUGGCGGGAGACAGACAAAGAAGCACCGAAUCUUUAAACAAUAAACAUAAUAAUUACGAUGCUAACAAUACUACAGCACCUGUUAAAGGGAAUUAUGGGGGGAUACAGGCGAAUAAUAUACCAUCUCAACCCAAAAAUUUUGAAUAUAAUAAUCCUGUAAAUGACACAAAUAGAAUACAAGAUACAGGUAUUGGACAGAGUGCAGGACGUCCACAGAACGUUUCUCAAUUCUCAAAUACUAAGAUGAAUUUUGUUCCAGGAACAAAUAUGUCAGUGAACUUCGAUGUAACUAAUCCUAUCAAUCAGCAUAACAUUCCAAUAAGCCAAGGAGUUGUUAAUAAUUCUGGAGUUCCAAGUAAUCAAGGAUUUCAUAACAAGGUUCCUCUUCCUAACGCUGGGUCGAAUUACAUACCAUUUCCUCCAAGGCCACAAAUGAUGCAACAAUCUUAUGAAGCACCACAAAAACAAAUGCAAAAAUAUGACCAAGUUUAUCAUGAACAACCUAGUCAGCAAAAUGCAUAUAUCAACACAACACCACAAGAGGUCCAAAAUGAACAGUUGUUGAUCGAUAUUUCACCUCCGAGAGACAUUAAAAGAACCUCAUCACCUCAAAAGGAACUAUCAAACGUAAAAACCCAUGCUCCACAAGUGCUUGAUUUACAGUUAAACGAGAUGGACAUUUCAGAAGCAUCUAUUGCUGAUUCAAGUAACGGAAACGACGUGGAUAGCAGUCUGUUAUCUAGUGAAAGUGUUGACCUUGAUGUUACUAAUCGAUUGAAAAUGCAUUAUCCAUUUGGUAAUCAAAGACAGACCAAACUUGCACAAAAGCCUAUCCAGUCUAAGGUAAAAGAUACUGAUAAGCAGCAGAAAAAUGGUAGACGGUCGUUGGAUCUUAGCGUCCAAGAGGUACAUUUUAACUCAGAAGCCGGUAAGAACAACUUGCUACACAACAAGAACACACACCGACCUGGAAUUAAGGGAUCUAUGAGCGAAGAAUCAGUAGAAGAUACCAUAAAGUCUUUACCACCAUCAAAUACACUGCCUCGAAGCCAAAGUUCAAAAGUAAUUUCUCAAUCUACAAAUGCCAGAACAUCAUUAGACAGACAAAGGCAACGCCACAUUGAGCCCAGGGAUAGCAAAAGCCGUUCACGCUCUCACGGAUUAGAGGAAUAUACUUCAAGUAACGGCAGCAAUAGUAGCAUAAACAUCAGCACGUCGAACAAGUUUGAGAUGAAGAGGUCUUUCGCAAAGGCAAGACAAUCGCUCGAUUUGGAGCGUGCAAGAAGGGACGCCAUGUCGCGCUCAAACAGUGGUCACGAAACAGGCAAGAGAAAAUCUCUAUUCUCUAUGUUCAAGUGA